CCUAGGCUACUUGUUUACUGCCUAUCGGUCUCAGACAUUAUGCAAAGCUAGGAAUUAAUAUAAGAGAAAUGUGGUUGCCCCACCGUAAUGCUAGCAUAAGGCAUAACUGUUUACAUUCUCCCGUAAAAUACGACAAUGCCAAAAAUGUAGUUUGUCGUGAAAUGCCGCCACCUGGGCCACACGACGUGUAUUACAUGACCCUGAAAACACCUUGUUAUGUGGAUACUCGACAGCCAAAGUACAACCCUUUGGCAUACAUAACCAUAGACCCUUUUGACAACUAUGAAGCACUGCAGGACACCAAGAGCAAAGAAACCACAAGAGGGUUCCAGGAGAAAGGGCCCGGGAGAAUCAUGGUCCUUAGUGAGGAGAAGUGGUGGAAUGAGGAGAAAGACAAAGACAAUGAGGCGGACACAGUGUCCACCAGUGGAGAUAUGGAGACCGGUACGCUGGCCUGGAUGUGGGAAGGCUUCAGCGUAGAUGACUACAACCCAAAGCCACGACCUAUGACUGUCAUCCCGAAGGCCGUGGAGAGCAAACCUCGAGUGACCGUGCCGGAGCCGUUCCAGAUGACCCUGAGGGAGGCGGAAAAGCGGCGGAAGUCCAGGCGGGCCUGGGAGGAGGUGAGGGUGGAGCCGCAGAAACCGCCGCAGUUCAAGGCCAACCCCAUUCCCAGGAGCGCGCGCGUCUGCCUCUACGACAAGAUGGUCCAGGGGUGCGAGAGACAGCGGCAGAUUGUUCACGAGAAGCGGAGGGCAUUUCUCCAGGCCAUGCAGUGCUCCUUCAGCGUCGGGGAUGCAAAGUCCACCAAGCGAGCCCCAGCGGUGAGCACAGAGGAGAAGCCCACUUUCAGACCUGCCAUCAACCCCACUGUGCCGGACUUCACCAAGCUGCACCACACGUUUGAGGACCGACUGAAGCAUGUCAGACAGAAAAGGCCACCCACUGUGCCUCAGCCUUUUAGCUUCCAGGCCAGUGCACUUGGUGACCACCAGCAGACCACCAACAGCAUGGUCAAGGAGCCAUUAAAGACCACAAAGUGGCAAGAUGACACUAAGAGAUCAGUAGACCAGUGCACUAAGGCAAGGGCAAGAUCACCAAGGCAUACGAAGGCUGCUCUGUUGCGAGAGGGGGCUGUGAGGAAGAAACUAACAUCUGAAGCAGCUAAACAAAUGGAGUAUGAGAACCAGAAGUCAGACACAAGGACCAGGCUGCAAAAAGAAGUAGGACUGUGGAUUACUGCUCAGAAGUGCUACACUUCUGCAAAUGAAAAGAGGAAGCAGUAUUACAGGAGAGAGCUGCAGGCGCGGAGUGCAGAGUACAGGGCAGAGCUGGCUGAGAUGAAAGAGCGUGUCAACCGCAGACCUCUGAUGCUGCAGAGCCUCUACGACCCAGCCAUGCAAGACCACAACUCCUGUUUGAUUCUGGAACACAAGGUGCUAGAUGACUUCCUGCGUUGGAAUCAAGCGCAGACCAGAGCCAUCAGCUUCAAAUAGAGAGUUAAAGGCACAUACUGACAACCUGGAGGAAGAAAUUUUGACUUUGUACAACUGACUACAAUGAUAAACACUUUGAUAAACACUACAAUGAUA